AUGUUCUGCAACUCUGUUACAAUCGCCCUUGCGCUUACUCUCACCUCGGCUGUUCAUGGCACCACGCUCGCCACUCGUGGUGGUGGCGGUGGUGACUGUAACGGUAUAACGGGGUGGCACCGCAAUCAACCGUACUCACGUGGCGACGAGGUAUCUUACUGGGGAUCCAUCUGGAAAGCAAAGGAAUGGAGCUACAACAACCCUCCCGGUGAUGCCGCUAACCAGUGGAACAAUGCUGGCUCUUGCAAUGGCGGUAACAACGGCAACGGUGGUGGUAGUGGAGGCGGCGGCUGGGGCGGAGGUCAGACCUGGAACAAGGCCAGAGGUGAUGAUGGCAACGGCGCGCAGGGUGUUGGCAACGACAAUGGAGGCAACGAUAAUAGCUGGAACAAUAUCGGUAACAACAACUGGGGAAAAGACAAGGACGGAAGCAACUGGGGCAGCCACGAUGGUGCCAAUGAUUGGGACAAGAACAAGGAUAACGGCUGCGAAUCUUGCGAUGGCAAGGACAAGUGGAACAACGGCAACAACGGCAAUGGCCGCUACUGUUCCGGUGCUAAGCCCUGGUCCAAAUCCGCACAGUACCCCGGUGGGAGCUCCGUCACCUACAAGUAA